UUCUUAAUAUAAUUUUAAUUUUAAUUUAAUCAACAAAAAACUAAAUUCUUGCCAACUUUAAUCCAAAAAACCUUCAUACAAUCACACCCUUUCGGCUUUCGCAUUUUGUCACUAUCUUAUGCAAACUCAUUUAAAAUCCAAGUAUUUUAGCUUCUCUUCUUCUUUAAACUCCUCGUUUUCGUCGAACUUCUCUUUCUCUCUCUACUUUCUUUCUCUCUCUAACAUUGUUUCUCCUUAGAAAUAAAAGCCAUGAAAAUACUUGUACUAUUUUGCAUGGUUAUUCUAAUUUCCAUACUUUCUAAUUAUGGUAAUUUUAUCAUUAUUACUGAAGCUGCUCCUCCUAAUUCUCUCAUUACUCAACUUCCUGGAUUUUCUGCCACUUUCCCUUCUAAGCAUUACUCAGGGUACAUCACAUUAGACGGACGUCAAAAUAAUAAAACAUCACCACCAAAGAAUCUAUUCUAUUAUUUCGUGGAAUCAGAAAGAAAUCCAGACAAGGAUGCUGUUGUAUUAUGGUUAAAUGGUGGUCCCGGGUGUUCGAGCUUUGACGGGUUUGUUUAUGAACACGGACCAUUUAAUUUUCAAGCUGGUAAAACCAAGAACAGCCUUCCUUUGUUGCAUCCCAAUCCAUAUAGUUGGUCCAAGGUAGCAAGCAUUAUUUAUUUGGACUCUCCUACGGGAGUUGGAUUGUCAUAUUCCGAAAAUCAAACCAAGUACCAAACUGGUGACGUACAAACAGCCCGUGAUACUCAUACUUUUCUCUUAAAGUGGUUUGAGCAAUUUCCGGAAUUCAAUAAAAAUCCAUUUUACGUAGCUGGGGAAUCAUACGGUGGAAUCUAUGUUCCAACCCUUGCAUCUGAAAUAGUAGAAGGGCUUAAAGCUAAAGUUAAUCCCACUAUCAAUUUCAAGGGAUACGUGGUAGGAAACGGUGUAACGGCAGAACAAAAAUAUGAUGGGAAUGCUUUGUUGCCAUUUGCACAUGGGAUGGCAUUGAUAUCGGAUGAUCUUUACAGGGAGUUUACAAACAGUUGUGGAUUGGACAUAGAAAGUGAUGGCGUUCCUGAGUGCCAGGGUUACAGAGACAAGUUAUAUAAGGCUAUACAAGGUUUAAAUAUAUAUGAUAUUCUCGAGCCAUGCUACCAUAACCCGGGAAAUGAGCAAACACAGAAUUUGAGCUUGCCUAACAGCUUCAAACAACUAGGUGUGACAGACAAACCACAUCCUGUAAGGAAAAGAAUGUUCGGUCGUGCUUGGCCUUAUCAAAUGCUUGUCAAAGAUGGCCUUGUUCCUUCAUGGCCCGAGCUUAACUCCUUACAAACUGAUCGUCGAGUUUCUGUUCCUUGCACUAGUGAUGAAGUUGCUGCUGCUUGGCUAAACAAUGAAUCAGUCAGGAAGGCGAUCCAUGCAAAAUCGGUAAAUGAGAUAGGUUCUUGGUCAUUAUGUAUGUCAUUAGUGUUUAAUCAUGACGCUGGAAGCAUGAUUAAGUACCACCGAAACCUCACUACCCAAGGUUACAGAGCACUAAUAUAUAGUGGAGAUCAUGAUUUGUGUGUUCCUUACACCGGCACACAAGCAUGGACUAGUUCACUAGGGUAUCAAAUUUUGGAUGAAUGGAGACCUUGGACGUCUAAUAAUCAAGUAGCAGGGUAUGUACAAGCAUACGAGCACAAUCUCACCUUUAUCACCAUCAAGGGAGCAGGACACACGGUUCCAGAGUACAAGCCAAGGGAGGCAUUAGAUUUUUUUAGCCGUUGGUUGGAAGGAAAGUCUAUUUGAUGGAAACCAUCAAAAACUAUAGAAUUUAAAUUUGGGAAAAAAAAAAAGAAAAGAAACAAAGAUUUUAGGAUUUGUGUUUCAAUGAUAUAGCUGCAAAACUUCACUUGGUAUAAAUACAAAGAUGUAUCCUGCAGAUUGUGCCAAAGAAUGUUGGUACAGUUUAAAUUUCAAUGAAAAUCAUGUGUUGCUCUAUUA